AUGCAAGGCUGGGCGUGCCCACCCUCGGGCAUCACUCAUCACUCCUGCCCCCGGCUCACCUUCAAUCCCGUGGGGUUGGAGGUGAGCAGGGCGGGCUGUGAUCCCCUCGGUGCUGCGGCAUCCCAGGCAGCGGAGCAGCCCCGGGACAGCCCCGUGCCAGCCCCGGUGCCAGCCCCGGUGCCCACCCGCUCUGGCGCAGGUGCUGCCGCCAGCAUCGAGUGCAAGGGGCGCGUGUGGAUCGAGCCCGCGCCGGUGGUGCGGAUGGGCACCGACAUCUCCAUCGGCUGCCAGUCCUGGCUGGGCUGCCCCGAGGAGCAGCUCCUCAUCCUCCUCAACUACAGCCCCGCCGAGGGCACCCGGUUGGCACUGCCCGGUGGCACCGCGCUGCUCCGGCUGCGCCGCUUCCAGACUCCCUUCGCCACCGUCACCUGCUUCUCCCGCUGCUCCCGGAGGGACCGGCUGGUGUGCGGCACCGAGCUCCGGGCGGGCUACCCUCCGGACCCCCCCGGUAACGUGAGCUGCGCCAUCGCCGAGGGCUCCGAGCGCCUGGAGUGCGGCUGGCAGCGGGGCCGGCUCAGCCACCUGGACACCCGCAGCAGCCUCCACCUGCGCAGCUGUGACACUCAGGAGCCGGGGUGGCCGUGCCAGCAGGGGUGUGGCGCUGGGAUGGGCACUGAGGAGCUGCCUUCCUCUUCCAGGGUGCUGGCAGAGGAUGAGGAGGAUGAGGAAGAAAAGAUCUUCCCUGCAGACUCACCUGUGCUGCUGAGAGAGCUGCACAAUGACAGCCACUACUCGGUGUGGGUGCAGGCCAGCAACGCGCUGGGCACUGCCCGCUCGGCCCCUCGGCGCCUCAGCCUGCAGGAGAUCGUGGUGCCCGCUCUGCCCGUGCCCAUCGGUGCCAACACCACGGACACGUCCCCUGCCAUCACCAGCACGCGCUGGAGGAGCCGCAGCUGGCUGAGGAACCUGCGCUGCGAGGAGAGGCACCGAGCCACGGGCACCCCGAGCUGGCAUGUGAGACCCCCAAACUCCCCUUACCCACCCCCCGGUAAAGAGAUGCCAGUCCCCUUCCCGCUGGGAAUAUUGGGGAGCCCCAAAAUCCCCGUGGUGGCACCACCCCAGCGUGGCUGCGUGGUGGCACCACCCGCAGGGUGGCACUGGAGGGGACAGGGUGGGUCCUGCCCAUCCGGUGGCGGUGGGGACCUGCUGGGGACCCACCCGCGCCCCGCUCGCUCGCAGGUGGAGCCGUGUGACAAGGUGGCACCGGAGGGUCCCCGCUGGUGGCACCGGCUGCAGAGUGACACCGAGUUCGUGUUCCAGGCCCGGUGCCGGCUGGGCAGUGCCCACAGCCCCUGGAGCGCCUGGAGCCCCCCGUUCCUGUACCGCACCCCCGAGGCAGCCCCCGCCGCCGCUCCCGCCGUGUGGCGGCGCCUGGGCCCGGUGCUGCCGAACGGCAGCCGCGAGGUGACGGUCUUGAUCAAGCCGCUGGCAGCCCGGGAUGCCCGCGGGAGGAUCCUGAGCUACGCCGUGAGCACCGAGAGCGCGGCGGGAGCGCGGCCGCUGUGCCACACCGCGGGCACCGAGUGCUCGGGGCUGGUGCCACCGGGAGCCCGCGGCCUCCUCGUCACUGCCCACAACUCCAGAGGGGUUUCCAGCCCUGCCAGGAUCCCCCUGAGCUGGGAUGAGCCUCAGGAAGAGUUCCCAGCCCCAGAGGCCGUGGAGGUGAAGGCUGAGCAGCAGGGCAGGUUCCUGGUGCGGUGGCAGCCCCCCCGGCCCAGCCGCAGCCCCCCGCUCUGCUUCAUCCUGGAGUGGGUCUCCAGCUCCCAGCGGGGCCAGCGGGAGCAGCAGUGCUGGGAGAGAGUGCCAGAGAGGGAAACCCACACCUACAUCCAAGGUAGGGCAGCCAGGAACCCCUUUGGGCGUGGCACAGCUCAUGGGGACCUUAUCGACCCAAAUCGGGACCUUAUUGACCCAAAUCGGGACCUUAUCAACCCAAAUCGGGACCUUAUCAACCCAAAUCAGCACCUUAUCAGCCCAAAUCGGGACCUUAUCAACCCAAAUCAGCACCUUAUCAGCCCAAAUCAGCACCUUAUCAGUCCAAAUCGGGACCUUAUCAAACCAAAUCGGGACCCCAUCAACCCAAAUUGGGACCUUAUCAACCCUAAUCAGCACCUUAUCGACCCCAAUCGGGACCUUAUCAGUAGAAAUCAGGACCUUAUCCACCCAAACUGGGACUCUAUUGACCCAAAUUGGGACCCUAUUGACCCAAAUUGGGACCCCAUCAACCCAAAUCGGGACCCCAUCAACCCAAAUCAGCACCUUAUCCGUCCAAAUCGGGACUUUAUCGACCCAAAUCGAGCCACCAAGGCCAGCCCAGCUGCUGUCACCAGCAGCGAGGAGCCCCCGGUGCUGGAGGCAAAUUUUGGGGGGAUUUUCCCAGCAGGGCCGGCGGCCGGAGCCGCCCCACGCGUGUCCCUGUUCGCCGUGUACCCGGGCGGGAUCAGCGCGCCCAGCUCCAGCCCAGCCCCUGCGGAGGAGCCGCUCCUGGGCAGCAGCUCCAGCGAGAUGUCCCAGGAUGAUGACAUCAGAAUUUUCCUGGGACUGAGCCUCAGCAUGGUCGGAUUAGCCGUUCUUUUUGCAGUUGUGAUGUUUAAAAAAUCGGUCAGGAAAAGGACCAAGGCCACCCUGGUGUCCCUCUUGCCCAAGUGGCUCUUUGAAGACAUUCCCCACGUGGAGAACAGCGCCGUGGUGAAGUCACUGCAGGUGAGGGCAGAGUUCUCCCCUGGCUUUGCUUCCCCUUGGAUUAAAGCUCAGCUUUAUGGAAUUAUUCAGGUUGACAAGGCUGAUUUUUCCCGGGAAGGCCUCCAGGAUCCCUUCCUGGCCCCCGCUGACCCCGCAGUCACCGAGGUCGAGGAGGUGCCGGCGCAGGAGUGGCCCCAGAUCAUUGGGGACACCGAGGCCAGGGCAGAGGUGCCCUGCCCCAGGGAGGUGCCAAGGAGCGUGGUGGCCCCCAGCACCCCAUCCCCAGGGCAGCUGGGUGCCUACAAACCCCAACUCUCCGACGGGAACAAUUUGGGAUACGUCGCUGCCGGGAUCUACCGGGCGCAGCCGCCCGCGGCCAUCCCGCAGCCAGAGGUGGGAAUCUUCUCCAGGGACUACAGCAGCUCCAUCCCCCAGCUGUGGGAGCAGCAGGGAGGGACACCCCAGCUCUGCCUGCUGGAGAAGAUCAACCUGGUGCUCAACAGCAGCCUGGGCUUCCCUGGGAAUUUGGGACAGGGAUCCGUGCCGGAGCAGCGCUGGGAGCCGCCCGGAGAUGGCCCCCAGCAGAUGCUGGUCCCCAAGGAGCUGCUGUCCUGCCUCAGGGCCACCAACACGGAGCCUGUGGAUGCAAACCCCCCCACGGCAUGGCAGGGCUGUCCCGAGAGCAGCUGGAAUUGGGGAUAAACCCUGGAGCAGCCACCGAGGCAGCGCCAGCCUCGGGAUUGCCAUGGAAGAGCCAGAGCAAAACUCCCGAAUGGAAUUUUGCCCUCUUGCUCCGCUGCAGGUUCUUGUGGCUGCCUGGAAUCUUGAGCCAGCAAAUCCCAGUUUUAACCUUACCUCACACUGGAAGAAGCAAAAAAAAAAUCCAUAAAGCUUGGAUUCCUGGAAUUGGAUUCCUGGAAUUGGAUUCCUGGAAUGCCAAGCAGGAGAUGCCUGCAGGGUGCAAUAACUUCAAUUACUGCUCAGCAUCGUCCUCGUGUUUAAGGUUUGGAGCACUUCAUCCCCAAAUGCUUGGAGCACUUCAUUCCCAUAUGUUUGGAGCACUUCAUUCCCAAAUGUUUGGAGUACUUCAUUCCCAAAUGUUUGCAGCACUUCUUCAUUCCCAAAAGUUUGGAGCACUUCUUCAUUCCCAAAUGUCCGGAGCACUUCAUUCCCAAAUGUUUGGAGCACUU